UUGACCCUGCGCCUUCUGACUUCUCAUCUCUCUGAACCUUCUUCAGCUUAUCAACUUGCACAACCCCUUCAUCCAACGCAGACCAAUUAAUCGAGUCACAUCACAUGCACUGUACACUGUCCAAUUAAUCGCCCGCCGGCGAUCCGUCGCCGUCCACCUAUCGAUUUGCUCUCCAUUCGGUCACUUCUUUGAUCAUCCUUCCGGCCGCGUCCUUCUCGGCAACCAUAAAUACCCUACAUCCAUGAGUAACAGCUCGCUAAACCGAUUGUAACACCAAUGGCCGCGCCCUCCCUUCACACGUAUCUCCUCCUCUUCUGCAACGCGAUCGCGCUGCUGCUCGUGGUCGUGCCCCCGUGCGCGGGGCUCGGGCUCGACACGGUGAGGGGCUUCCUCACCAGGGAGGAGGACACCGUCGUCUUCAGCCUCAUCGAGCGGGCCAAGCACCCGCUGAACCUGCCGGCCUACGACGAUCGCCCGUCCUUCGGCCCCGCCGGCCGCCAUGGCCGCCGCAACGGCUCCUUCGUCGAGCUCUUCGUCCGGGAGUCCGAGCAGAUCCAGGCCAAGGCAGGAAGGUACCAAAGCCAGCAGGAGGUCCCUUUCUUCCAAUCCAGAGUGCCCUUCACGCUGGCGCCUCCAUACAACUUCACCACCGAUCUGCAUCCCGGAGCGGCGUCCGUGAACGCGAACGACGCCAUAUGGGGCAUGUAUUUCAGCGAGCUGCUCCCUCUGCUGGCCAACAAUGGCAGCGAGGAUGGCAACUACGCUGUGACCGCCGCAUCGGAUCUCGCGUGCCUGCAGGCGCUCUCGAGGAGGAUCAACUACGGGAGGUACGUGGCAGAAGUGAAGUUCAGAGGAGACCAGCAAAGAUACACAGAUUUGAUUCGUUCAAAGGACAAGGAUGCUCUGAUGAAACUGCUGACAUCUGAAGCCCAAGAGGAUGUGGUGAAGAGGAGGGUGGAGAAGAAGGCCAUGGUGUUCGGCCAAGAUGUGACCUUGGACGGACCAACUGAAACUGGUGACGACGCCAGCAGCCAAUCCAGUUUCAAAGUCGCCCCUUCGGUGGUUUACGAGUUGUAUGACCGAUGGGUGAUCCCCUUGACAAAACAAGUGGAGGUCGAGUACCUUCUCCAUCGUCUCGAUUGAGCCGAGCCGAGACUCUUAUCUUAGCAAAGCUAACCUAAUUUGUUCACAAUUGUACACACUUUGUAUUGUCAGUACAUAAUUAUCAUGUGAAGGGAGACAAACACAAUAAGAAACAUGCAUAUUUGUGAAGCUC